CAUGGCCGGGGUCGGGGCCAAGCGGGGACCCCCCGAGGCCGGGGGGGGCCCCCCCGAGAAGAGACCCCCCCGGGAGGAGCAGCCGCCGACCACGCUGAUCGAGCCCCUGCGCCUGGGGGGCAUCAGCUCCACGGAGGAGAUGGACGUCAAGGUGCUGCAGUUCCGCAACAAGAAGCUGGCCGAGCGGCUGGAGCAGCGCCAGGCGUAUGUGGGACGCUGUACAGAGGAGAGGACUCGGAGUUCGCCAGGCCACCGACGACGCCACGCUGCACCUGGUCAACCGCUUCUGGGCGCAGCGCGACGGAGGAGGGGGGGGGGUGGGGGAGGGGCGGCCCCGCCCCCCCCCGGGGAACCCCCCGAGCCGCCCCCGGGGAACCCCCCCGGGGAACCCCCCGAGAGGAGAGAGGCGUGGGCGGGGCCAGAGGAGGGCGUGGCCUUGGCCCCGCCCCCGCCCAGGCUGAGCUUUGCCCCCGAGGCUGUGGCGCGGCUGGGGGGGGCGCUGGGCCGCGUGCAGAGGGGGCUGCAGCACCUGGGGGGGCACCUGGGCAACAACGCGGAUCUGGCGGAACCAGGGCGGGAGCUGCUGCGGGAGCUGCUGCGGGAGCACCGGAGGCUGCAGGAGCUGACGCAGAACCUGCACGAGAAACACCAGAGAGAGGCCCUGGAGCUGGCCGAGCUGCAGGACAAAGCCACCUCGGCCGAGACGAAGGUUCUGGAAAUGGGGACGACGCCCGAGGGGCUGCAGUGGGACAGCGCCAAACUGCGCAAGCGCGAGGGGCGGCUGGACAGACACCUGGCCGAGGCCCUGGAGCAGCUGACCUCGGGCUCGUACGGCUCCGGGAGCUCCGGAGGAUUCCAGGGGGGACAGAUCACCCUGAGCAUGCAGAAGUUCGAGAUGCUGAACGCGGAGCUGGAGGGGAACCAGGAGCUGGCCAAUUCCCGCAUGGCCGAGCUGGAGAAGCUGCAGCUGGAGCUGCAGGCGGCUGUGAGGGGACAGGAGAGGCUCAAGGUGGUGUCACUCAGGUGUCACUCAGGUGUAUUAGAUGUCACUCAGGUGUCACUCAGUGGUCGGCUUAGGAUGGCCACUGGUGCUGUAAAUCCCAUACUGCUCUACCACGAGAGCCUGCAGGUGAAGACGCGCUGGCUGCUGGUGCACAGCCACCUGCGCCACAUCGAGCACAUGGAGAGUGACGAGCUGGGCGUGCAGAAGCGCCUGAGGACCGAGGUGAUCCAGCUCGAGGACACGCUGGCCCAGGUGCGCAAGGAGUACGAGAUGCUGCGCAUCGAGUUCGAGCAGAACCUGGCGGCCAACGAGCAGGCGGGCCCCAUUAACCGCGAGAUGCGCCACCUGAUCAGCUCCCUGCAGAACCACAACCACCAGCUCAAGGGCGACGUGCAGCGCUACAAGCGCAAGCUCCGCGAGGUGCAGGCCGAGAUCAACAAGCUCCGCCUCCAAGCCAGCGGCGCCCCUCCCCCAACCACCCCCGCCCCUCCCCCACCCCCUCCCCCCUCCUCCUCCUCCUCCUCAGGCCCCGCCCCCUCCUCAAGCUCCGCCCCUCCCCCUGAAGAAACCCCGCCCCCACCAGCACCACCACCCAAGCCCCGCCCCCUUCCGACGACAAAGAGGGCGUGGCCUCCUCAGGCCCCGCCCCCUCCUCCUCCUCCCAGGACCCUCCCCCUCCUAAACCCGCCCCUCCCCCGCCCAAAGAGGAAGAGGAGGAACCUCCAGGCCCCGCCCCCACCCCAAGCCCCGCCCCUUCAGCCUCCUCAAGCCCCGCCCCCUCCCAGGCCGUUGGCCCCGCCCCCUUCCAGGCCCCGCCCCGAACGAGGGGCGGGGGGAGGGGCGAGGGGGGAGGGGCGGGAGCGGCCCAAGGGGGGGCCCGAGGAGGGCAAGAAAAAGGACUCGGAGGUGCUGAAGCAGCUGAGGGCGGAGCUUAAGAAGGCGCAGGAGAACCAGAAGGAGAUGAAGCUGCUGCUGGACAUGUACAAAUCGGCCCCCAAGGAGCAGCGGGACAAGGUGACGCUGAUGGCGGCCGAGAGGAAGAGCAAGGCCGAGCUGGAGGAGCUGCGGUGACGCUGGCGGGAGCUGGAGGAGCGGGAGCGCCGCGAGUCCAAGGACUCCUGUUCAUUCCUAUGGCAUCCCUUUUCUGGUCCCCGCCCUCUGGCGGCGGCCAUCUUGCGGCGCCUUCAGGAGGAGGAGGCGCUGCUGUCGGAGAUGGACGUGACGGGCCAGGCCUUCGAGGACAUGCAGGAGCAGAACCUGCGGCUGCUGCAGCAGCUGCGCGAGAAGGACGACGCCAACUUCAAGCUGAUGUCGGAGCGCAUCAAAGCCAACCAGAUCCACAAGCUGCUGCGCGAGGAGAAGGACGAGCUGGCCGAGCAGGUGCUGGCCCUCAAGGCCCAGGUGGAGGCGCAGCUGCAGGUGGUGCAGAAGCUGGAGGAGAAGGAGCGGGGCCUGCAGAGCGCCCUGGGGGCCGUGGAGAAGGAGCUGAGCCUGCGCUCGCAGGCCCUGGAGCUGCACAAGAGGAAGGUGAGGGGGGCACAGGUGUGCCCAGGUGUGGCAGUGUACCAGAGUGGUGUUCCCAGUAAGUGUCAGUACAGGUGUAACAGCCGAGUCGGCUGUAUGGUAAGUCAGAUCAUGCAGGUGUAUCCCAGUGUCCAGGGUAACCCAGGGCCAGUCCCAGUGCAGGCCCCGGGCAGCUGCCGCGUGCCGGAGGUCGUGUAUCAGGGCCAGGUGUGCAGGGCGGUGUGGGAGAACCGAGCGGCCAAGGACAAGGAGUCGCUGAGCCUCAAGAGGGCCCAGGAGGAGCUGUCGCGGCUGCGCCGGAAGCUGGAGAAGCAGCGCAAGGUCGAGGUCUACGCCGACGCCGACCAGAUCCUGCAGGAGGAGAUCAAGGAGUACCGGGUGAGCCUGACGGGACCUUCCGGAACCUUCCGGGACCUUCUGGGAGCUUCCGGAACCUUCUGGGAGCUUCCAGGACCUUCCAGAACUUUCUGGGAGCUUCUGGAAGUUUUUGGGGCCUCCAGGAACCUCGAGGAACCUUGA